CUACCCUCCCUCCCCAAGCCAUGAGCUCUCCCCCCGCUCCAUUCCGGCCCUUCAACCCCCUCCCAGACUCUGGAACUCUCUCCCCACAGGCGAUGAACCGCCCCCCUCCCCGGUCCGUGCAACGAUCUUCCCUCCAGGCCGUGUAACAGCCUCCCCAACCGCUCAAACUUGUCACCAACCCCUCCCCAGAUCUGCUGUGGGGUCUGGCACCAUGUUCGGCUCCUCCCGGGGCGGGGUCCGGGGGGGCCAGGACCAGUUCAGCUGGGAGGAUGUGAAGACCGACAAACAGCGCGAGAACUACCUGGGGAACUCGCUGAUGGCGCCGGUGGGGCGCUGGCAGAAGGGGAAGGACCUGACCUGGUACGCCAAGGGCAAGAAGGACACGGCCCCGCCGUUAUCCCGGGAGGAAGAGCUGGCUGCCGUCCGCCUGGCCGAGCAGGAGGCCAUGAUGGCAGCGCUGGGCUACAAGAACAUGAAGAGGCAGCCCACGGGCCUCAGCAAGGAGGACCUGGCUGAGGUUUGCAAACGGGAGGGCGCCGAGCGGGACGACAAGGACGUGGAUCGGGUGGUGGGUUUGGGCAGCUCCAGUGGCAGUGCCGGCCGGGUGAUGCUCUCCAAGGAGGACAAGGAGGCGGCCAAGAUGGGGCUCUCUGUGUUCACGCACCAGAAAGUCUCCAGCAGCCCUGAGACAUCUGGCUCCAGGAAGAAGCAGGAGAAGGAGGAGAAGGUGGAGGAGAAACGACCAGAGAGCAACAAAAAAUCCAAAAAGGAGAAAAAGAAGAAGAAAAAGAAGAAACAUAAGAAGGAGAAGAAGAAAGAUAAGGACAAACAUGCCAAGAAGGACAGUGCCCCAUCGUCAUCUGAUUCUUCUCCAGAUCGGGAAAAGAGGCACCACCGAAGGAAAGCACAUCAGCACUCCGAGACAUCGCGGCACAGCAGCCGCCGCCGGCACGACACGGAUUCCUCUGGGAGCAGCAGGGAUUCGGGGCGGCAUUCCAGGCGGAGGCAGAGCCGCAGCAGGGACAGGGACAGCAGGGACAGGGACAGCCGCAGCCACCACCCGUCCCCGAGGCACAGGGGCAGGAAGAGGAGCAGGAGCAGGACCCCCCCAUCCCGCGGGGUCAGGCAGCGCCACGACACCAACUCGGACUGAGAGGGAUCCCGGGAUCGGCCCAGGGAGGUCCCACAUAGGAUUUAUAUUUUUUCAGGUGGUUACAUUAAAAAAGCUGCAGCUCUGCAGGAGCAGAGUCUGGCAAAGGGCAUUAAGUUUGUGAUGCCAGCAGCCCCUGCCCACCCCUGGGGGCAGCAGGUGCCUGGGCCCCCUCCUCCUCACUCCCUGGAUCCAUCCAUCCAGGCAGGAUUUAGCACAGAUGCUGUGGGGUGGGGGCUGGUGCUGGGAUGGUUCCAGCUGUGGUGCUGGAAAUGCUGUGGAUACCUCAUGUCUGUGUACAGAGACUUUGGAAGAGAUUAUUAUUAUUAUUAUUA